CAAAGCAAAAACACCCCAAGAAUCCCAGAAUUCACAGGCUGCAUUAAGAUCAUAUGGAGAUGUCUUUGUUAAAAGCACUUCUUAGUAACAUUUCCUUGUUUUUAAAAUUGUCAUACCUUGAGAAAAUUAACUCAGAACCAAUUUGGAAGUACUACCGACGAGCAAAAGAGAUAUUAAAACUGUUGAAGCACAUCAUUCUUAAUGCAAUCACUGGUUCAGACAUUACUUCUGAUGAAGUGCUUAGCAAGGCAUUUGAAGAAUUGUGUCCCUCUGUACAAGAAUUGCUGGAGAAAUUUGAAACCUGGCAACCCCUUUUGAGUAAAGUUUAUUUUGUUCUGAAAGUUGAGUUCUUAUUAUCAAAGAUUCAAAAUUCCAGCGUGGACAUAUUCCAGUUCUUGAAGUCUUCCAAUCAGCGUCUUCCUAAUGAUUUGAGCUCUACAACUCUUGAGAAAAUUAAGCAUGUAGGAUAUGAGCAAACAUCGUCUUUCAUUAUUGAAGCCAUAAGGGAUCAACUGGAUAGUCCUGGAUCAAGCUCAGAAAUUCUAGUGAAGAUUGCUGAGAGCUUAAGCUUGAAUUCAAAACAGGAGACUCUGAUAGAGGCUAUGGCCCUUGAAAAGUUGAAGGAGAAUGCUGAAGUAGCUGAACAAAUUGUAGAAGUUGAGUUCAUUGGUCAACUUAUUGAUCUUGUAACUCGCAUGCAUAGUCGCCUUGUCUUAAUAAAACAAUCUCAGACCUGUAGCCCAGUUCUUAUACCUCCUGAGUUUAUCUGUCCCCUUUCCCUAGAGCUAAUGGCUGAUCCAGUGAUUGUCGCAUCAGGACACACCUAUGACCGGGAUUUCAUCAAGAAAUGGAUUGAUCUUGGGCUGACUGUGUGCCCCCAGUCACGGCAGACUUUGGCUCAUACCAUUUUUAUACCUAAUUACACAAUGAAGGCACUGAUUGCAAAUUGGUGUGAGUCAAACAAUGUGAAGUUGCUUGGUCCCAUUAAGUCCAUGAGUUUAGAUCAGCCCUGUCCUCUUCUUGAAACCGAGGUUAAGAAGCUGGUUGAUGCCUUGAAGAGUCCGUCAAUUGAAACUCAAAGUGAGGCCACGGCUCAUCUCAGGUUACUUACCAAGCAGAGUAGGGACAAUCGGAUUAAAAUAGCAAGAUGUGGGGCGAUUAGCUUGUUACUUGAUUUACUUUAUUCACCCGAUAUAAAGACUCAGGAAAAUGCAGUUACAUCACUGCUCAACUUAUCAAAUAUUGAUAGCAACAAAACAGCUAUUAUGAACGCAAAUGCAAUUGACCCUCUGAUUCAUGUGCUUGAGACAGGAAGUCCUGUUGCUAAAGAAAACACGGCUGCCGCUCUUUUCAGCCUUUCAGUCCUCGAGGAAAACAGAGUCAAAAUCGGAAGGUCUGGGGCGAUCAGGCCUCUUGUUGAUAUGCUGAGGAAGGGUACCCCUAGGGGAAAGAAAGAUUCAGCAACAGCCUUGUAUAAUCUGUCAAGAUUUCAUGAAAAUAAGGCUCGAAUCGUGCAGGCUGGUGCCAUAAGAUAUCUUGUGGAUUUGAUGCAACCAUCGGCCGGGAUGGUUGAUAAGGCAGUAUUUCUUUUGGCAAAGCUUGCUACAAUUUAUGAAGGAAGGACUGCAAUUGGGGAAGAGGGUGGGAUCAUUCCUGUGCUGGUUGAGGUUGUGGAAUUGGGUUCAGAAAGAGGAAAGGAAAAUGCGGCUGCUGCACUUCUACUUCUCUGUACAUACAGUAAUAGGUAUUGCAAUUUGGUGUUGAAAGAAGGAGCUGUUCCACCAUUACUGGCAUUGUCCCAGUCUGGCACCCCCAGAGCUAAAGAGAAGGCACAGGCACUUCUGAGCUUCUUCCGAAACUACCGACAUGGUAAUGCUGGAAGAGGCUGAAUGUAUUGCAGUGAGC